AUUAAAUGUCACUUCUGAGUUUUGGCGUGAUUGUGGAAUUAAUUUUUAAAUGAGCAUUCUUCUAAUAUUUGGACAAAAUGAACCAUAUUUUUCUGUUUAAGUCAUUAUACCUCACAUAUAUUUAUAUAUUAAAUAUUACAACAUCUAGCGCAGUUAAUACUCCAUAAAGAAUAAAUAAGUCAUUCAUAGGUAUAAUGUAAAUAGUGAACAGUGUUAUCGAAAACCAUUGCUGCUUUGAUCAUUAUUUACUAGUCAUUCAAUUUAGCUUCUAGUUUACAUAUAUUGUGAGUGAAAGAAAUAAUGGAAUAAAAUUCAUUAAUAUUAUGUAUGACACUUACGAAUUCGAAGAUAGAAACAUGAGAGGUACUCUUCGGGAUUGGAGGAAGGCGCUCCGUACGCCUGCGACUUAUCGAGUCGGGAACACAGUUAGGAUUCAACCCCAGUUUGUGUUUCUAAUAGCUUUAGUCGGAGUAUUUUUGUUAGUGUUAUUUUAUUACAAUUGGUGGACUACAGACCAAACCCAUGUAACACAUAAAUGGACGAGUAUUUCACGACGAUACAAUAGAACAUAUCCAUUUUCUCAGCCAGUGCACAAUGGUGAUCUAGUGACAUUUCGGUUUGGUAUAGUAGCCGAUUUAGAUACAAAUUCUAAAAGUAGCACAAAGCCACAUACUUAUGUUAGUUAUUUAAAGAAAGGGUAUCUUGUUUAUGAUAAGAAAAAGCAAUAUGUGAAUGUGAAUUGGGACCUAACACCAGCAAUACAACUUUCUUCAACAUACUCUCAUAAAGGAAGAGGCAUGGAGCUAUCGGAGCUGAUUAUUUAUGAUGGCAGAUUGCUCACCUUUGAUGAUCGCUCUGGUAUGGUCUUCGAAAUCAUAAACAAUAAAGUUGUGCCCUGGGUGAUAUUGACAGAUGGAAAUGGAUAUGCUGAAAAAGGUUUUAAAUCUGAAUGGGCAACAGUGAAAGAUGACAUCUUAUAUGUUGGCUCUAUGGGCAAAGAGUGGACUACUGCGGCAGGAAACUUCCAGAGUUAUGACCCAAUGUGGGUGAAGGCAAUCAAUAUGAAUGGAGAGGUUCAACACCUGAGCUGGGUAAAUCAAUAUAAAUCAAUCCGAAGCUCCAUUGGCAUCCAAUGGCCAGGGUACAUGAUCCACGAGUCAGGAGUGUGGUCAUCUGUUACUCAGAAAUGGCACUUCUUGCCCCGGAGAUGUAGCCACGAUGCCUACAAUGAAACCUUGGAUGAAGUGAGGGGAUGCAACUAUUUGAUCACAGCUGAUAGUGAAUUCAAGACUAUACAGGCAUUUGAGAUCACAAAACGUCAACCUAAAUAUGGCUACUCAUCAUUCAAAUUUAUUCCUGGAACUAAUGAUGAAGCUAUCGUUGCGUUGAAGAGUACAGAGUUCGAAGGGAAGACUGCCACAUACAUAAGUGCAUUUAAAACUGAUGGUACUGUAUUACUUCAUGACUCACUUGUAGAGAACCUCAAGUAUGAAGGAUUGGAGUUUUUAUAAUGUUUUUAGUUAUGGUGAAUAUAGCUAUCAGACUUUAUCAAAAGUAAAGUGAGUAAUAGCUAAAGUGUCCAAUAACACAACACGGGGAUUGGGCAUUGUUAGGCUCAAAUAGAAAUUCGUUAUUACAGGAAUUGACAAAAAUUUAAACUAGAGCAUUUAAUAGGUAUUAAUAAAAAAAUUACGACGU